AAAUAAAAUGUCAGUUCAAUCAAAGUUUCUGGAAACUGGAAUAGAUCCUGAAAAGCGGAAAAAAGCACUGCUCGUCGGUGCAGCAGGAGUCGCAGCAGUUGCAGUAGCUCACUGGGUUUCACUCCGAAAAUCUCAAAAAUCACACCAUAAAAUGGAGAAAGAAGACAGUGUUGCGUCCGAUGGAACACCGAAAAAGAAUAAGAAAAAGGCAUUUGACCCCCAAUUCUUGAAGCAAUUGAAAGAACUGUUGAAAAUAAUGAUUCCAGGAGUUUUUAGUAAAGAAGCUGGAAUUAUAGGGAUGCAUUCAAUAAUUCUCAUUUGCCGAACGUUUUUGACCAUUUUUGUGGCUCAACUUGAAGGAUCAAUGGUUCAAGCAAUUGUGGAAAAGAAUGUCUUGCAAUUUGUGCUUCAUCUCGUUAAAUGGAUUCUUGUCGCUCUGCCAGCUACAUUCGUAAACUCCAUGAUCAGAUUCUUUGAGUCUUACCUGGGAUUAGCAUUUAGAACAAGACUUACAAAACAUGCAUACAAGCAAUAUUUUUCUGACCAAACUUACUACGCAGUUUCUAACCUGGAUACUCGUCUACAAAACGCUGACCAAUGUUUGACAGAAGAUAUAACAAUGUUUUCACAGAGUGUUGCUCAUUUAUACUCCCAUCUCACUAAACCUGUAUUGGAUGUUGCUCUAAUAACAUUCACUCUUAUAAAAUUAGCGAUUCAACGUGGCACAGGCCGCUCAACAUUCCUACCAUCAUGCAUGGCUAUAAUGGCAGUCUCUCUGACAGCAAAAAUUUUGAGAGCAGUUUCUCCGAGAUUCGGUCAUAUGGUAGCAGAAGAGGCCAGAAGAAAAGGACAUCUUCGGUAUUUACAUUCAAGAAUAAUCACUAAUUCAGAAGAAAUUGCAUUUUACGGAGGUCAUCAGGCGGAAUACAAACAACUUGACGGUGCAUUUAACUCAUUAUAUCAACAAAUGAUGUUAAUAUUUAAAAAACGAAUUCCUUAUAUUAUGAUUGAACAGUUCCUUAUGAAAUAUGUAUGGUCUGGAACUGGAAUGGUCAUGAUUGCACUUCCUAUAUUGGCUACUGAGUAUGCAGACGAUGAAAAAUCUACGAAACUAGAAGAUCUCCCGGAUCGGGGUGUCUCUGAACGAACCCGUGGGUAUGCUACUGCCAAAACUCUUCUUUUCAACUCGGCAGACGCAGUCGAACGUCUUAUGACAAGCUAUAAAGAAGUUACUGAAUUAGCUGGUUACACAGGACGAGUUCAUGAAAUGUUCCAAGUAUUUGAUGACGCGAAGAAAGGAAUUUAUCAACGGCAGACUGUUAGCGCUGGAGCCGAACAAGGUCAGAGAGGGGAAAGAUUUGACACUAGUAAAAUCGAAGGAAUCAUCACAGACUCCGAAGCCGAUGAAAUUAUUCUUAACUCGGUGCCAAUUGUGACUCCAAAUGGAGAUGUCGUAGUGAAAAACAUGACAUUAACGAUCUCACCAGGAAUGCAUGUUUUGAUUACUGGUCCUAAUGGUUGUGGUAAAAGUUCUCUAUUCAGAAUUCUUGGUGGUUUGUGGCCGGUGUAUAGAGGUCACCUUGAGAAGCCAACAUCAGACCGUAUGUACUACAUCCCCCAAAGGCCCUACAUGACACUAGGAACUCUUCGUGACCAAGUAAUCUAUCCAGAUACGACAAUUCAAAUGAGAAGACAAGGGAUUACCGAUCAAGACUUGAUGACAAUGCUUAGAAUCGUGCAUUUGGAGCAUAUUGUUGAACGAGAAGGAGGAUGGGAUGCCCAGAAUGAUUGGAUGGAUGUACUUUCGGGAGGCGAAAAACAACGAAUGGGAAUGGCUAGAGUCUUCUAUCAUAGGCCCAAGUAUGCUCUUCUCGACGAGUGCACCUCUGCAGUAUCAAUAGAUGUUGAAGGAAGUAUCUACCAAGCUAUUAAAGAUUCUGGAAUCACUCUACUGACAGUAACUCAUCGGCCAAGUUUAUGGAAGUUCCAUACGCAUCUUCUUCAAUAUGACGGCGAAGGUGGCUACAAGGUGUCAUCUUUAAACGAGAAGACCAUUGGGGAGCGAAUGAGCUAUUCAGAAGAAAAACAACAACUCGAAAAGCAGCUUGCCGAGGUUCCCCGAUGGAAGGAACGUCUUGAAGAAGUCUGCCAGCUUCUAGGCGGAAAUGAAGAUCAUUUGAACAUGACGAUUGACACUGAUGAUAGUGAAUAGGAUUUGUCUAUCAGUUUAUCUUAAUUUAAAACUUGUAUGUAUAUACUUUUUGACCUUGUGACGAUCCGGUUUUCAUUAAAAAUUGAAUUAACGAUUUUAAUAAAUAUAGGGAAAUAUUCAAA